AUAGAAUCAUAGAAUGUUAUCGAAUUGUCAAAGUCUCGAAGCAUACAGAAAUAUUCCUAAAUUACGAGAGGCUUCCACUUCUUCUCUAUAAAUACCGAAUGCAUCCCCCAUCUCUGCAUCGUGAAACGAAACCCUGAAGCAGAGAUGUCGAUCAUCCCAAGCGUUUUCGGCGGCCGACGAAGCAACAUCUUCGAUCCUUUCUCUGUGGACAUUUGGGAUCCAUUCCAGGACUUCACCUUCGGCAAUGCUCUCAGAACCCCUCAAUUCUCAACCGAAGCGGCAGCAUUCGCCAAUGCCCGCAUCGAUUGGAAGGAGACUCCAGAAGCCCAUGUCUUCAAAGCUGACCUUCCUGGCCUGAAAAAGGAAGAAGUAAAAGUCGAAAUGGAAGAAGGUAGGGUCUUACAAAUCAGUGGAGAGCGCAACAGAGAACACGAAGAGAAGAACGAUAAGUGGCACCACAUCGAACGCAGCAGCGGCAAGUUCCUUCGUCGUUUCCGGUUGCCGAAGAAUGCCAAGGUGGACCAGGUGAAAGCGGCGAUGGAGAAUGGAGUUCUUACUAUAACUGUUCCAAAGGAAAAGACAAAGAAGCCGGAAGUGAAGGCUAUUGAAAUCUCUAGUUAGAAUAAAUAGUGUAAUACUUCCAUUUGGUCUGAUGAAUGCAUCGUAAAAUUACAAAAUGGUGAAAGAUGAUGUUUUAUGUGGAGGAUUGAGCAUGAAUAGAAAAGUAUAUAAAUUGUAUAAAACUUAUUUGAUCUAA